AUGCCAGCAACAAGCACGCCCGACCAGCUCCAACCCCCACCCCGAGACACGAUUUUCCACCUCUCUCUCGACCCCCAACCUCCCAGUCCAGCCGCACCAACUCUCAUCCUCCUCCAUGGCCUCACAUCCUCCCAUCUCGAAUGGUCCCUCGUCAUCCCACACCUCCAACCUCACUACCACCUUCUCCUCGUCGACCUCCCAGCCCACUCCCGCUCCUCCUCCCUCCCACCCCCAUACAUCAUCCCCUCCAUGGCCGACCAAGUAGCAUCAAUCAUCCAGUCCCACGCACGGAACAGCCAAGCCCACGUGGUUGGCAUGUCCAUGGGCGGUUUCGUCACCCUCAAUCUCGCCCGCCGGUACCCCUCUCUCUGUCUCUCGGCGUUUGUCUCUGGCGCCACACCUUUUGAGGGUAUCACGAGGUGGUUGGCAAGGAACAAUUGGGUAUUAUACUAUGGGUUCUGGCUGUCAAAUCUGAUCAUCACAGAUGGGAUGUAUGACUGGAUGUGCCGGGUGAUGGACAUGAAGGAGCAUCGUGAGCUGCGGCGGGAGAUUGUGAGGAAUGUCAAGUGGCAGGUGAUCAGGGAUGUGUAUGGGAGCAUUGUGGAGGAGUUCACCGUGGAGGGGAUGGCAGAGGUGGGCCAGGUGAGGUGUUUGAGUGUUGCUGGGGGAAAGCAAGAUCAGGUUGAGGUGACGAGGAGGGUUGGUCAGGUUUGGAAGGAAAGGGGUUUGACUGGGCGGCUGGGUAGCCGGGCAUUUGUGGUCAGAGGGGCGGUGCAUGCUUGGGAUUUGCAGUUUCCUGACGUUUUUGCUGGUGGUAUUAGGAGCUGGGUUGAGAGGGACGAUUUGCCGGUUCAGUUUGAAGUUUUGGAAUGA